CACAUUGUUUAUUUUAUUUCAUACUAUCAGUCUUGAUGGCAAUAAAGUCUUAGAUUUUAUUUGUUUAUUCUUGUUUAGUUUGGGCACAGUCAAAAUAGAAAUCAUUCCUCAAUAGAUAGUUGAUCGUCUAAUUGCAAACGAGUAUCACGAUGGCCGACAGUUCCGACGAAGAUUUUUCAAAUGGAUGGAUUCCGUAUGCAAGGCGACCUGAAUGGAAAGAUGUAACACCACUUGAACAAGACGACGGAGAGAAUCCAGUUGUUGUCAUUGCCUACAGUGAUCGAUUCAAAGAUGUAUACAACUAUUUUCGCGCAAUUAUCGCCAGCGGAGAGAAAUCGCUACGUGCAUUAUAUCUCACUGAUGAUGCACUAAAGUUGAAUGCAUCCAACUAUACCGUCUGGCAAUACAGACGUGACAUUCUACGUGCAUUGGACACUGAUUUGUCCGAAGAGCUUGAAUACACCGAAGAAAUAAUUUGUCGAAAUCCAAAAAGUUACCAAGUAUGGCAUCACCGUCGUGUCAUCGUUGAAUGGCUGAACGACGGUUCGAAAGAACUCGAACUGACCGAACAAGUUUUGAACAUGGACGCCAAGAAUUAUCAUGCUUGGCAACAUCGCCAAUGGGCCAUUAAACAAUUCAAUCUCUUCGAUAAUGAACUAGUUUUUGUGGACAAACUGAUUGGCGCCGAUCUGAGAAAUAAUUCUGCAUGGAAUCAACGGUAUUUUGUAUUGAACCAUGAAGGAUUUACACCCGAAGUCAUCGAAGUCGAGCUAAAUUAUGUCAUGAAUCGAAUUCGACUUGUGAAAAAUAACGAAAGCACAUGGAAUUACCUACGUGGUCUACUCCAACAUGGCACCGGAAAAUUGGAUCAAUAUCCAGAUGUUGUCGAUUUCUGUGAAGAAUUGUAUGCGUCUGGUGUUAAAUCGCCGUUCCUGUUGGCAUUUUUGGUUGAUUUGUACCAAGAGAAGCGACUUGAUUGGGACGAAAGUACCAGCGAAGACGAUCCAAAGCAACUCGAAGACCGUGUUAAUGAAUUGUGCAAUCAAUUGAUAUCGACACAUGAUACAAUUCGUGCCAAAUAUUGGGAAUAUAUUUUGAAUAAAUUUAAAAUCAAGCUAUCACGCAGUGGAACAGACCCAGAAUCGAAUACAAAUCAAAGCUAAAGAUAAUUCAAGUCAUUUUCUUUUAUAUAUUGUAAACACACAGCGAUAGUUGAAAAUAAAAUCUGUUUUUAUCACUCACACCAA